AUGACGACAUCGAAAGGUCAAGAAAAAAUAGGAAUAUAUAACAAUGUGCAGGAAAUGAAUGAAGUUCACUACCAUAACCGUUCAUCUGUAACUUUACGAAAAAUCUUACCACCCGGCUACAUUACGGCUGUGAACCCUCCGUUUCGAAGGUCCGUAAAUUCUCCAUUUCUUGCACGCAAAGACUUGCGAGUCGGACCAAAAAGUUCCGUCUCAUCAAAUCCUUACAAUAUAAACG